AUGGUGUCCUAUGCUGUGGUUGUGGCGACUUUGGCUGCUCUGACGACGAGCAUGUUUCAAAUGUUCAAGCCGCGUCUUCCUCCCUACAGUUUGCAGAUCGUCAAGGUGCCAGUUCCUUCGGUUAUCAAUGGAGAAAUAUUCACCAUGUUGACCGUGAAAGUGAGACUGCACAAUUCCAACUUUAUAGCAAUUGAUGUGCAUUCCCUGGCCUUUGAUCUGUUUUACCCCGAUUACUAUGGAGCACUGACGCACAUUGGACGAGUCUACGAUCACAAUAUACAACAUCGAAACGAGGAAUGCCUGAGUGAUGAUUUGUGUCGGAGAGAUAAGGGGCUCGAUAAAGCCGUCUGGGCCCUGCAAGCACGAGGCGACUUUGAUGUCUCAGACAAGGUGUUUGCUUCCCUGGGGGCACGGGGCCUUCUAAGGACGUUGCCCAGCCUUGUAUGGAACUCGUUCCAAGGCGGAGGAUCCCUGGUCAUUCCUACGACUGGAGUGAUGCAAGUCAAGGCUUCAUCUUCCACUCCGGUCACCAUGUCCAUGAUAUGCGACAACUCACUGAAUUUGUGGACUCUUGUCCUGGUUGGAGUGGAGUGCACUCUCAACAGCAUUGAUAUUGGAUGGAUUGGACUUGAUGCAACUGCUGAUAAGCUACAAGCGGAGGUACUCUCCACCCUAAAGGCAAAUGCCACUGGAGGCGUACUUGAAGCUAACCGCCCGAGAAUAGAAAAGAAGAAAAGGGGUCUUGAAAACAUGGUUAAAAAGCUCAAUUCUGGAGCUGUUCAGACUUGA